CUUCCAAGCAAACACUCGCUCGAUGAUCUUCAGCAACCGCACACCCUGGUCCACACGGAACUCCUCCUGUCACACACACACACACAGACACAAAGAGGAGGAAGAUGUGCGACGUGCAGCUGCUGCGGGAGUCGGUACAUGAGCGGAUCAGCGCCGCCGCCGAAGACUUUCUGCUGCAGCUGGAGAAAGGAGGAGAAACGGCUCGAGUCCCGGAGCUGAGAGCGAUGCUAACCGAGCGGCUAACGGCGGCGGCGGAGGAGAUCGUCGCGGUGUUCGAAGACAGAAUGGAGCGGUCCGAGCGGGAGAUCUGCCGCCAGAGGAGGCUGCUGGAGGCCGUGAUGAAGCCCCAACUCCGGCUGCACCGAGUUGUGUGUCCUGCAGACGUACAGCCGCUGAUGGUGAAUAAAGAAGAGGUUCCCCCUGAGCAGCAGCAGUGGAGCCCCCUUGUGGACCAGGAGGACCGAAAGCCCCCCCAUAUUAAAGAGGGACAGGAGGAACUGUUGACCAAACCUCAGUCUGGUUUAAAUACAAAAAAUAACAAACAGCCUCUAAGUGAUAUGAAAUGUAAAACUGGUAAGAAAGCAUUUGGUUGUUCUGAGUGUGGGAAAAGAUUCAGACGAAACUGCGAGCUUACUGCACAUAUGAGAAUUCAUACAAGAGAGACACCGAUUAGUUGCUCCGAGUGUGGUCAAGGAUUCAGACUAAAGGGUGAGCUAACUGUACAUAUGAGGACUCAUAAAGGAGAGAAACAGAUUAGUUGCUCCGAGUGUGGUCAAGGAUUCAGACUAAAGGGUGAGCUAACUGUACAUAUGAAGACUCAUAAAGGAGAGAAACAUAUUAGUUGCUCCGAGUGUGGUCAAGGAUUCAGACUAAAGGGCGAGCUAAGUGUACAUAUGAAGACUCAUAAAGGAGAGAAACCGAUGAGUUGCUCCGAGUGUGGAAGAAGAUUCGCACGAAAAUUUCAUCUAACCAUGCAUAUGAGGGAGCAUACAGCAGAGAAACCAUAUAUUGGUAAAAGACGAAUGGCUGAUGCAACUGCAUAUUACUAACUCUAAUCCUAACCCUAUUAAUAUAGGAGAGAUUUGUUUUGUCCCUAGAAAAAGUAACUCAUUGAAUAACAUGAAAGAUAUUGUUGAUAUAUCUUGUUUCUACGGAUUUGAUUUAUGCAAUAUAUGUUACAUA